UCGGUGCUGUUGCUAGGCGGAAUAGUGUUGGUGUGUCUGGCUCUGGACCUCCUCUUCCUCCUCUUCUACUCUUUCUGGCUGUGCUGCCGACGACGCAAGACCCAUGACGACACAUUCUCACUCACACACACACCAGCCCCCAACCCUGACUGCUGUUGUACAGCCUGGUGUGUCAUCAUCGCCACGCUCGUCUGCAGUGCCGGCAUCGCCGUGGGUUUCUAUGGAAAUGGGGAGUCAUGUGAUGGAGCCAACCGCCUGGCGUAUUCUCUACGGCACGCCAACCGCACCGUGGCAGGGGUCGACAAACUGGUGACGGACAGUGCCCUGUCUCUGAACCAGACAGUGGAGGGAGGUCUGGUCCAGUUGGAGACGGUCUACUCUGAACAGACUGACUACGUGUCCAUCGUCCAGAAGCUCCAGGGUCAGCUGGAUGAGCUGGUCAGACUCAUGGUGGACAUCCCCUUCUGGAGUAACUCUGAGAUAUCCCUAGAAGACCUGGCCUUCAAGACGGAAGCCUUUGACUGGUACAGGUGGCUGGUAUACCUGACUCUGCUGCUGUUUGAUGUUCUGAUCUGUCUGCUGGUUCUGUUCGGACUGAUACGCAACUCUAAAGGCACUCUGAUUGGGGUGUGUUUGUUGGGUGUUCUGACUCUCAUCAUCAGCUGGGGGUCUCUGGGACUGGAGCUGGCAGCUGCCGCGACGGCCAGCGACUUCUGUGUCUCCCCGGAUACCUACAUCACCAGGGUAACCAAGGAGAACGCUGUCAUCAACCAAGAUAUCCUGCAGUAUUACCUGAGGUGCAGCAGUGGCCAAUCAAAUCCUUUCCAGCAUAAGCUGUCUGGCAGUCACAAAGCCCUGGUUGAGAUGCAAGAUGACGUGGCAGAACUCCUACAGUCAGCUAUACGGGAUUACCCCAACACCAAGGGGACUCUGGAACAGAUUCAGACUGUGUUGAACUCUACGGAGGUUGGCCUUCAUCAACUCACCGCUCUGGUCGACUGUCGCAGCCUGCACAUGGACUAUGUCCAGGCUCUAACAGGGUUGUGUUAUGAUGGAGUGGAGGGGCUGAUCUACCUGGUGCUGUUCUCCUUCGUCACAGCUCUCAUGUUCUCCUCCAUCGUCUGCAGUGUGCCGCACACCUGGCAGAGCAAGAGGACGGAUGAUGAGGAUGGAGAAGACGAGUCUGCUGCCCAAGGCAAUCGGGGGGCGGGUCCUCAUGAUAACCUGUACCGCGUGCACAUGCCCAGCCUCUACAGCUGUGGUAGCAGCUACGGCAGCGAAGCUAGCAUCCCUGCUACGGCCCACACUGUCAGCAAUGCCCCUGUUACUGAGUACAUGACCCAGAACGCAAACUUUCAGACCCCCAGGUGUGAGAACACGCCUCUGAUUGGCAGAGAAUCCCCUCCACCCUCUUACACCUCGAGUAUGAGGGCCAAGUAUCUGGCCACCAGUGGACCGGACCAGAACCGAAGGUCAGUCCCUAAUGACCAGUUGGACCCAGCCAGCCGACCACAUCCCCUCGCCAGACCACAGUCAUCUGUCCACUAGAACCUUCCAGAACCUACCAAAACCUCCUAGAACCUAUUGUAACCUACCAGAAUCUUCUAGACAGAACUCAUCAACCACAAAAGAACGGGAACAAACCAGAACCAGUUUUUCAUUCCACUAAAGAACCACAACCCACUAGAACCACCAACCUGUUGACACAGUAGUCCACGUAUAGAACCAGAACCACUAAGGAUCACAACCACCUCCUCAGCCCAUAGGAACCACUAAAAUAAACUUCUCAGAUUCACCUGAACAGACCACAGUGGGUUGAAAACCAGAGCCAACCAACGGACCACCCAGCCCAGCCCAGCUCACCAGAACAGAACCUCAACCAAUCAGCCAACCAACACCAACCUACCUACAGACUCCAGAAGAUCACCAUGAACCUUGUAGAUCUCCCCUCCCCCCCACCACC